CGUGUGAGAGGUGUGUGCACUGGUUUGUGUGCAUUAUAGCAAUACUAAAAUGAGGUGUAGUCAGAAAGUGUGAUUUGGAAAGGGAGGGAUGGAUGAAAGAGAGUGAGAGAGUGAAAGGGGGAGGGAUGAAGAAGGUGAGAUUGUGCUCAGACUCAUUCUGCAUAGCCGAAGAGAGAGGGGAGAGAGAGAGAGCUGCUAGUUCAGCACUGUUAGCUGCAGUCUCUGCUUCGUUGUACUGAGGGUUUCAGCCAUGCUGUUUGCUCUGCCCAGACUUGCUGUGUUCAUUUCUGCAGUGCUGUUUAAUGGUGUUGUGGUCCAGGCAAGUACACACACAGAUCUUGAUCCAGGUUUCUUCCAGUGUCAAGAGUGUUUUUUCAGAGGCACACCUCCACACUUAUUGUCUGAGCUGGGUUUGGAUCAGAGGUGUCACAGACAUCUGACCGGACGGCCUUUUGCAUCGCUCUAUAACACCAACUGCCAAACCACCGUCUAUACAGCCCUUCACUUCAGCUUGAAUAAUGGAUGGGGCAGAGAAGAGCAGAGCACGGAUGCCAAAGAAGAGCUCAAUGACGACUCCCCUGUGGCCAUCCCAGCUCUUUACAGAGGAACCACAGAUGAGACCCCAUCACCCCAUCACAACUACCCUCUUCUGAAAUGGGAUGCCCUGACAGCAGAGUUUAUACGGAGCUCCGUCAUACCAAUGUGUUCAAAGACAAGCGGAGAAAUGUAUGUGCAGAUUGGUGUGGGUGGGUUUAAUGAGUGCAGGGGGAAACUGUUGUGGUCAGCAGUGUGCUGUGCUGCAUCAGAUGGAGAUGGUAGUUUCAGUGUUGGGCUAGUGAAGGAUGGGGACGUGAAGGUGCUCAGCAUUAAGGCUUUGGAGGAGCUAAUAGGAGUUACAGGCCUGUUUUCAGGAGGUUGUGGUGAAGUAGCACAUCAGAGUGAAGAGGAACUUGCAUCGCUCUUGAAAAAGCAACUGAAUGGCAUCAAAACACCCAACUCUGAUGUGCAAAGUGAAGAACACAUUGGCGAACACAACUCUCAGGAAGCAGAGACAUCAGAAUCAGGAAUAGAGAUAGUGAUUUCGGAGCAUGUUAAUGGUGAAGCUCCAAGCUACAUAUCUUCUUUGAGCUCAGACAUGGACAUUCAGGAGAGCACCAAUGAGACGGAGAGAUCAGAGUCUGUCCUCCUCUAUGUUUUGUCUUCCACCGUCUCUCUCCUUUACGCCCCUUUCUCCCCGAUCGUAAACAGAGCCAUUAACCUUCCCUUCCAGCUAACCUACAUUCUUCAGGAAGAUCUGGCUGUUCUGGCCUCGGUGCCUGGUGACAGCUACACUUUGGUCAACAACUUGGGCUCAGGAGUGUCUUCUGGCAUUUCAUGUGUGUUGAACACCUUGUACCAGACAGGAGAAACAAGUGUGUGCACGACUUACUCCUGCCUCAGUCCGUUAGCUGGCAGCCUGUUCAUGGCGUUCCAGGAGGGAUUUAUAGGGAUGGGCACUCUGGCAUUGGAUUCCUUGGGGAUCAUGACAGGAACAGUGGGGAAUGGUUUUAGGAUCAUCAGGAUUACUCUCGGGUCAGUCUGGGAUCAGACGGUAGAUUACCUAUGUGCCGUAUCCUCGGAAAUGGGCCACCAGGUGUCAACAGUGGGAAGUGGGGUUGGCAAACUUACCUGGAGAAGUGGAAGGGGGGUGGGCCAGCUGCUCAAAAUUGUGGCAUCCAUCAUCGGUGGAGUAGUGGAUAAUACAAUAUCCAAUGUCCAGGAAGCUUUUGGAGGGAGCUCAGGGGAGUCAUCUGAAUUGCAAACCCUUGAAUUGCUGAAAUCUGAAGUGGUCGGUGAAUAGACUUAAAUGUGUGUAUAUGCUUGUGUUAGAUAUCUUAUUUGCAUAUUACACCCCAAAUAGAGUGCAUAAGUCCCCGCCCACUUUUUUCAGCGACCUUGGUUCCGGGAGUAUUUUUCCUAUAUUUUCCCAUAGAGAAGUCUUUGUUAAAGAGUUAUAAGCCAUAAAACCAAACCAACUAUCUAUGAGGUGAAUCAUAACAUUACAAACUUUGAUUUAAAGAAAAAGUAUUUGAAAAUCUGACUAAAAGGUACAAGACUGUGUACUUAACAUAUAUUUUACAUUUAUUGCGAUAUAUGCAUAUUUGUACAAAUUAUGUCAUUCGCAGUGUUUCAUGGAGGUGGGGAUAUAUGCAUAUAUGUACAAAUUAUGUCAUUCGCAGUGUUUCAUGGAGGUGGGCAGCCAAUUGGUGCAAUUUGCUUGGUUCAAUUAUCUGAAUGGUGGAGAUUUCUCUGCAGAAUCAUAAUGUAGUUUUUCACCAUGAAUUCCACUGUUGGAAUUGAUCCUUUAAAAAUUAAGUAGAAAUAAUGUGGACUAAUGGCUUCAGCAAAAGCAUAUACGAUAUUGAUUAACAAUCUUGUAGCUCACAGUAGGUCUGUCUUUAAAAAUGUACAAGUUAUUGUUAAAAUCAAUCCCCCUAUGGAGAUACUGAAUAGGAUUUUUACUUCCGGAACCUGACCUCUGUAGUGUCAGACUGCGCACUGAAUAUUAACCAUAUGGCAUGUGGUUAUGAAUCAUUAAACCUCUGUUUUACUUUCUGCCUUAAAAUACCUACAUAAACCUCCUAAUGUUUUUAAAAAAGGAAGGUGCAGGGUGAUUUGCAACUCUUUCAAGGUGCUGAGAAAUGUUUAUGUUUUAAGUGUCAGAAAGAUUAUGUAAUUGUUGUGAAAUGUUGGUCGUUUCAUCUGACAUACAAAGACCUUGCUGUGUCAUGGUUUAUAUGCUGCAAUAAAACCUCUUC